ACAUAUUUCAUAUCUAUUCCGAUUUCUAAUAAGAUUUUUCCAUGAUCUCAUCGUAAGUCCUCUUCAAAGACAUAAAUACUUGCUAAACCAACUCAUUUUAGAUCACCCUCUUCUGAAAGCAAUCAUUAUUCGCAUAUCAUUCAACUUGAAUAUCCACCGCUGUCGAAUAGAAUAUGCCUUCAGAAUCGCCAUGUGCUGGCUGUUGACCAUUUCGAGUUUAACUCAGGCAAGAAAUUAACUACAAAAACCGAAACAUUACGACAAAAAGCAUCACCAAUCUCAGCUGUAUAUAUCCACGUAGACUGUGUGUGUUUGUGUGUGUAUUUUUCCAAUUCGUUUUAUCAAAUCAAGUGUGUCAAUUUGAUUGCUGCAGCCGUCAUCAACAACCCCAUCUGAAGAUCCUUUCUCUUUCACUAAGCUUCGAUCUUUUUUCAGAAAUGGUGUUGAAGAGAGUUGUGGGGUUGAUGAUGGGGUGUUUAGGAAUGAGUUGUUUGCGAAUAUCAGAUCAACCAACAAGACCAGUAACUUCAGAGUGUGAUUCACCUACUUCAUCAGAUAUUAUCGAUUCAAUUGAUCCGAAAAAUGAAAAGUCAUCGUCUUCUUCAUCAGGUAGAAUCAAACUCAGUGAUGGAAGAUACUUAGCUUACAAAGAACGAGGAGUCCCGAAGAAUGAAUCGACUUACAGAGUCGUUAUUGUUCAUGGAUUCGCUAGCAACAAAGAGAUGAACUUCAUGGCUACCCAAAAACUAAUGGAUGAAUUGGGGAUUUAUCUUGUACAAUUCGAUAGAGCUGGAUAUGGAGAUAGCGACCCAAAUCCAAAGCGUUCGUUAAAGAGUGAAUCAUCAGAUAUUCAAGAACUUGCAGACCAAUUACAGCUUGGAUCUAAAUUCUAUCUCAUUGGUGUCUCGAUUGGAUCGUAUCCCACAUGGAGUUGCAUCAAGAACAUUCCAGAAAGAUUAGCCGGAGUUGUUAUGGUGGUUCCGUUUGUUAAUUACAGAUGGCCGUCGCUUACUCGUGAUCUGAUACAAGAUGAUUACCGGAAAAAGCUUUCACAGUGGGCGGUUUGGGUGGCGCGUCACACGCCGGGGUUGUUACACUGGUGGUUGACUCAGAAAAUGUUCCCGUCUUCUUCUGUUCUUGAUCGGAACCCUAAAUUUUUCAGCAAUAAAGAUUUGGAAGUUCUUAAAAACACUCCUGGGUAUCAAUUGCUCUGUAAGAGCAAACUGAAGGAACAGCCGAUAUUUGAUAGUCUUCGAAAGGAUUUCAUUGUCGCAUUUGGGAAAUGGGAUUUUGAUCCGUUGAAUAUGAGCAAUCCAUUUGGUGAAAAUCAAUGUCGUCUUCAUAUAUGGCAAGGUUAUGAAGAUAAAGUUGUGCCUGUUGAACUACAAAGGUAUGUUUGGAAAAGGUUGCCAUGGAUCAAGUAUCAUGAAGUUCAUGAUGGUGGGCAUUUGCUUGUGUAUGAUAGUGAUGUAUGUGAAGCUAUGUUGAGGUCUCUUUUGCUUGGUGAAGAUACUCCAUUGUAUAAACCUAAACUAGAUUCAACUAAUGAUUCUUGAAGUAGAUUAGAUUAUUGUUUGCGAAAUGUAUCAUAUGUUUGAUUUGAUUGUUGUUUGUUUGAUGUAAUUCUUGCAUUCUUCCUGGUAUAACUUAGAUUCAAAAAAGUGGCAUUGAACAAUUGUCUAGGGAUUGAUAUUGUAAAUAUGAAAAAAGAAUCUUGAACA